GUGAGGCUUAGCUUCCUGUAGCAUGUCUGUCCUGAGCUGUCACCAUGGGCUCUGACGGUGUCCCCAUUUCCUCAUGCUCCGCCUUCAGUUAGCACGCCGCUGCAAUGGGGUGUAUGUGUGCUCCAGUAGAGGUGCGUCCAGUAUCAAAACACGAAUUAAACAGGAAGAACGUAAGCAAAGAAGGCAGAGUGUGCGGGAAGAGGCUGCUACACAGGUUUCUCCAACCAAAGGCCAGAGAUGGAAGGAGAAAGAGGUGAUCAAGUAUGACAGAGGGACAGAGCAGGGGGAAAAGAAAGACACCUCUGGACCUCUGCCUCCUUCCUAUAGUCCUAGCUAUGUUGAGGCUGCUUGGUAUUCCUGGUGGGUUAAACAAGGAUUCUUUAAACCAGAGUUCCAGAGAAACAUCCCUCACUCUACUCCUGAAAUCUUCUCACUGUGCAUUCCUCCUCCCAACGUCACCGGUUCCCUGCAUCUUGGACAUGCACUGACAGUGGCCAUCGAGGACUCGCUAGUCCGCUGGAAGCGAAUGCUGGGUCAGAAGGUUCUUUGGGUUCCUGGAUCAGAUCAUGCUGGAAUUGCUACACAGGCCAUUGUAGAGAAGACAUUGUGGAAGGAACAAGGUCUGUCACGUCAUGAUCUUGGACGGGAUGUGUUUCUAGAGACUGUGUGGAACUGGAAGAACGAGAAAGGAGAUACAAUUUAUCAUCAACUAAAAUCCCUUGGUGCAUCCCUGGACUGGGACAGGUGCUGUUUUACAAUGGACGGGAACUUCUCCAGGGCGGUCGCUGAAGCUUUUAUCCGUCUAUAUGAGGACGGUUUGCUGUCACGUCGGAAGAGUCUUGUGAGCUGGUCGUGUGCUUUGCGCUCAGCUAUAUCAGAUAUAGAGGUUGAGAACAGAACACUUACUGGAAAGACGUACCUUUCUGUCCCAGGCUAUCAAGGAAAAGUUCCAUUUGGACUUCUGUUCAGCUUUGCUUAUCCCACCGAAGAUGGAGAUGAUGAGAUCAGAGUAGCCACCACUCGUCCAGAGACCAUGUUAGGCGAUACGGCAGUGGCAGUCCACCCAGAAGAUUUAAGAUACCAGAAAUUUCAUGGAAAGAAGCUCCGCCACCCAUUUUCAGGGAUGUUAAUCCCGGUUGUUACCCACAAUCUUGUUAACCCUGAAUUUGGCACAGGAGCGGUAAAGGUGACCCCUGCACAUAGCCCAGUAGAUUUUGAGAUGGCACAAAGUUUGGGUCUCCCCACGCUGUCUGUGAUUGGAGAGAAUGGAGCAAUGACAGAAGCCAGCGGCGACUGGAUUCAGGGUGUGCAGAGAUUCGAUGCCCGGGAAAAAGUCAUCUCUGGCUUAAAAGAGAGAGGUCUUUACAGAGGUGACAGAGAGCAUUCCAUGCAUCUUCCAAUUUGCAGCCGAUCAGGUGAUGUGAUUGAACAUUUACUGAAAAGCCAGUGGUUUGUGAACUGCACAACAAUGGCUCAAAAAGCCUUAGAGGCUGUAGACUCAGGGUGUUUAAAGUUAACUCCUUCAUAUCACCAGAAGACCUGGAGGAACUGGCUCUCAAACUGCAGUGAUUGGUGUGUUUCCCGUCAGCUUUGGUGGGGGCAUCAGAUCCCGGCUUAUUGUGUGACUCUGGCACAGCCACACCAGAACCAGGUUGAUGAGAAUGAAGAACUCUGGGUAGCCGCACACAGCGAGACUGAAGCCAGAAAUAAAGCUUCUGUGAUUUUGGGGAGACCAGACGAGGAGCUACACCUGAGAAGGGAUGAAGAUGUUCUGGAUACGUGGUUUUCAUCCGCGCUCUUCCCUUUCGCUAUGCUAGGUUGGCCCAACCAUACCAAAGAUUUCCAAGAGUUUUAUCCUAAUUCUCUCCUGGAGACAGGGAGUGACCUGCUGUUCUUUUGGGUGGCAAGAAUGGUUAUGUUAGGAGAGCAGCUCACAGGACAACUACCAUUCAGAGAGGUCUUCCUGCACUCGAUGGUGAGAGAUGCCCAUGGAAGGAAGAUGAGUAAAUCUUUAGGCAAUGUCCUCGAUCCCUUAGAUGUGAUGACCGGUAUAUCCCUAGAGGGUUUGCAGGAAAAGUUAAAGUCUGGGAACUUGGAUCCCCAAGAGUUAAAAAUGUCAGAAGCGGGACUGUUGAAGGACUAUCCUCGUGGGAUUCCAGAGUGUGGAACCGAUGCUCUGAGACUUGCUCUCUGCUCCCAUAGAGUACAAGGUGAUGAUAUUAAUCUCGACGUGGGUUCAGUCCUCACUGUCCGUCAUUUUUGUAACAAAGUGUGGAAUGGGGUGAAGUUCGUGCUUUCUGCUCUCGGAGAAGGUUUCACUCCACUUCCAGUGAAAGAGCUGAAACCACACCAACCCAUGGAUCGGUGGAUUCUGAACCGUUUACGUCAGCUGACAGAGGAGUGUGAGAAGGAGCUUCAAUCAUGUGAGAUCCACGGGGCCACGGCAGCCAUCAAGGCAUUCUGGGUGCAGAGCUUCUGUGAUAUCUAUCUGGAAGCUGUGAAACCAGUCUUAAAGGGGCCGAAUGCAUCCGAUGCUUGCCAGGUGUUGUACCGGUGUGCUGAGCACACUCUUCGACUCAUUGCCCCAUUUACCCCAUUCUUGGCAGAAGAACUUUGGCAGCGUUUUCCCCCAGCAAACUUAGACGGUGCCCCCAGCGUUUGUGUGGCAGAAUACCCCUCUCCUUGCCACACGGCACAUUGGCAAUACCCUGAGGAGGAAUGUCAUUUUGAGCUUGUCCAGGGUGUGAUCAGAGCGCUGCGUAACAUGAGGAGUGAAUACAAUUUGACCAAAGCACGUCCAGAAGUUCAUAUCGUCUGCUCUCAAGAAGAAGACCUCCUCUCUCUUCAGUCUUUCAUUUCACCUCUUCAGACUCUGUCACUCUGUGGUCCCAUUCACCUCCAUAUUCUGCAACAGGGAACCCAACAUGAAGACCUCCGUGGAUGGGCUGUUGGAGAUGUGACUGAGAACUGUCAUGUUCAUAUUAACCUACAGGGUCUAGUUAACCCAGAAACGGAACUCCUUAAACUAAAGACCAAAUACCUGAAACUACAAUGCGAGCUUCAGGAAAAGACAAGACACGGGAUGGAAGACUCUGAGGAUAAAUCUCUUCAUCUCUUGAGAAUCCAGCGUUCUAUGCAGACCUUCCAACUAAUGUUAGAAGACCGGAGCUCAGAACCUUGACACAUUCAUAGAACUUGUUGCAGGAUGUGGUGCAGUUAUAACAAAUAAAUGAACACGUUAUAUUAUUACACAAUGCAUUUUGUAUGUCGAGAAAAUAUAUGUAAUAUAUUGUGAAUAAAUGUACAUUUUAGUAA